UAAUGUAUUUAAAUGAAGCAACUUUGCUGAAUAACAUCAGGAUACGUUAUCAGAAAGAUCAAAUUUAUACAUAUGUUGCAAAUAUUUUAAUAGCAGUAAAUCCGUACUUUGAAAUAAAGAAUUUAUAUUCAAGAUCGAAAAUCGAACAGUAUCAAGGAAAAUCUCUCGGUGUUCUUCCACCACACGUUUUUGCAAUAGCCGACAAAGCCUUUCGAGACAUGAAAUGCUGCAAACAGAGUCAAUCGAUUAUCGUCAGUGGAGAAUCGGGAGCCGGAAAGACUGAAUCAACCAAAUAUAUCUUAAGAUAUCUUUGCGAAUCUUGGGGAAGUCACGCUGGUCCGAUAGAACAACGGAUAUUGGAUGCUAAUCCAGUACUUGAAGCAUUUGGUAACGCGAAAACCAUGAGAAACAAUAACAGUAGUCGAUUUGGAAAAUUUAUCGAAAUCCAUUUUAAUGGAAAGUUUUCUGUUGUUGGAGGUCACAUAAGUCAUUAUUUAUUGGAAAAAUCGCGCAUAUGUGGACAGAGUAAAGGGGAAAGAAACUAUCAUAUAUUUUAUCAAUUAUGUGCUGGUGCUCCCGAUUCUAUUAAACAACAAUUAAAGCUUUCGAAUCCCGAUUCUUUCGAAUAUUUGAAUAAGGGAUGCACUCAGUAUUUUUGUUCAAAAGAAUCGAAUAAAUUAAUUAAUGCCAGCUUUAAGUCAAAGGAACAUCAAAAAAAGGGGCCACUUAAAGAUCCAAUGUUAGAUGAUUAUCAUGAUUUUCAAAAUAUGGAUAAAGCAUUAAAUCAUAUGGGUGUAAAUGAUGAUGAACGUCUUUCAAUAUAUAAGAUCGUUGCAGCUGUCUUACACAUUGGAAAUUUAUGUUUCGAUGAUAAUUCAGAUGACUCUAAAGGUGGUUGUUCCAUGUCUGACGAUUCAGAACAGUCUUUAAAUAUAGCUGCUUCACUCAUGGGGGUUGAUCCAGUCGAUCUCCGUCAGAGUCUCCUUAGUCGUGUCAUGCAGACGAGUAAAGGCGGUGCUAAAGGAACCAUUUAUAUGGUUCCUUUAAAGGUCCACGAGGCACAGAAUGCACGUGAUGCUUUAGCCAAAGCCAUGUAUUCUCGUUUGUUCGAUUACAUUGUGCAUCGCAUAAAUCGAAGUAUACCUUUCAGUUCAUCAUCCUAUUAUAUUGGUGUGCUCGAUAUUGCAGGAUUUGAAUAUUUUCAAAUAAAUAGUUUUGAGCAAUUUUGUAUCAACUAUUGUAACGAGAAACUACAACAAUUUUUCAAUGAGCGUAUUUUAAAAGACGAGCAAGCCUUAUAUGAAAAAGAAGGGUUAAGUGUAAGGAAAAUCAAUUAUGUUGAUAAUCAAGAUUGUAUUGAGCUUCUUGAAAACAAAGGAAAUGGAAUUUUUGACUUAUUAGAUGAAGAGAGCAAAUUACCAAAGCCUAGUCAUAAUCACUUUACUUCUACUGUACAUAACAAUUAUAGUCGUCACUUUAGGUUAGCAGUUCCUCGAAAGUCUAAACUGAGAGAUCACAGGGAAAUUCGCGACGAUGAGGGAUUUUUAAUUCGUCAUUUUGCUGGUGCAGUUUGUUACAAGACUGCAAAGUUUAUCGAAAAGAAUAACGAUGCACUUCACGCAUCCUUAGAAAGUUUAAUGCUGGAAUCAAAAAAUUUGUUCUUGAAAAGCCUGUUUACGGCAGAUUCGAACUCUCAAAGUCUAAAAGGAAAGCUCUCAUUUAUUAGUGUCGGUAGUAAAUUCAGGACUCAGUUACAAGAUUUGAUGACUAAAUUGUCACUCACUGGAACUCAUUUUGUUCGAUGCAUCAAGCCAAAUUUUAGGAUGGUGGACCAUCUGUUUGAAGGAAGCCAAAUAUUAAACCAACUUCGCUGUGCUGGGAUGACUUCUGUAUUAGAAUUAAUGCAGCAAGGGUAUCCGUCAAGAACGCAGUUUUCAGAGUUAUACAAUAUGUACAAAAAGUAUCUUCCGGCCGAAUUGGCGAGAUUGGAUUCCAGACUGUUUUGUAGGGCACUGUUCAAAGCUCUAGGAUUGAAUGAAGAAGACUUUUGCUUUGGCUUAACCAAAGUGUUUUUCCGUCCUGGAAAGUUUGCAGAAUUCGAUCAGAUUAUGAAGUCUGAUCCCGAAAAUCUUUCAAUGCUCGUCAACAGGGUGAAGAAAUGGUUAUUGGCAUCGAGAUGGAAGAAAGCGCAGUGGUGUGCCUUAUCUGCUAUAAAAUUAAAAAAUAAAAUAUUAUAUAGAAGAGCGAAUCUUAUAAUUAUUCAAAAAACUGUAAAAAUGCAUCUUGCCAAAAGGAAAUAUCGUCCAAGGUUUCUGGCAAUUAUGAAGAUUAAAGCAUUACGGGAACAGUUAAAAAAUAUGUCAACCAUCAUUAAUCAGCUGAAAAAGGAUAAGCAACAAUCCGAAGCACAAGUUCGCAAUUUAGAAUUUCAAAUGAAUGAUCUUAUAAAUACGAUCAAGACGACGAAUAUUUCACCUUCAAAAAUAGAAGAAAACUACAACCUUCUAACUAGGUCUAUGAAUGAGCAACUGGCAACUUUGAAGAAACAGCUGGAGCAACAGAAAAUAGCAGAAGAACAGAAACGUUUGCGUUUAAUACAGGAAGAAAUAGAAAAAGAACGUAUAAGAAAAGAAGAAGAAACAAGAAAGAAGAAAGAAGAGGAAGAACUCAGACAGAAAAAAAUUGAAAUGGAAACGACGAGAAAAUUGGAAGAGGAACGUGCCAUACGAUAUGAAAAGGAACAAGAAAAAUUACAGGCUGCAAUGGAAAGUGAGAAACUUAAAGAAGAAGCGGCAGAAAUUAAAAGACAGCAGCAGCUAGAACAAGAAUUAAGAGAUCACGAAUUGGCAUUACGUCUCGCCCAAGACAUGAAUGGAGCGGUUGAAGAGGUCUGCACGCCUCCAUCUUUGCCACGGUCUACGUUCGUUCAAAGGCAGAAACAACAACAAGCUAAUCAGAAAUUCGAUCUUUCUAAGUGGAAGUAUUCGGAACUUCGAGAUGCCAUCAACACAUCUUGUGAUUUAGAAUUAUUGGAAGCUUGUAGAGAAGAAUUUCAUAGACGACUUAAAAAUUAUCACGCUUGGAAAAGUAAAAAUAAUAAGAAGCGAAAUGCUUUAGAAGAGAGAGCACCUUUGUCAAUUACUAAACCUAGUGCUCCUCCAUUACCUCCCAGAUCGUCAUCUCUACCCGAAAGUAAGCAGCGAUAUUUUCGUAUACCAUUUGUUAGACCCGGAAUUCCCGGAGACAAAGGUUGGUGGUACGCUCACUUUGAUGGUCAGUGGAUUGCUCGCCAGAUGGAAUUACAUCCCAACAAAGCACCGAUUUUGCUAGUGGCAGGCAAAGAUGACAUGCAGAUGUGUGAAUUAAGCUUGGAAGAGACUGGCCUUGCUCGCAAACGCGGAGCAGAGAUACUCGAAAAAGAAUUCGAUUCCGAGUGGCAACGUCAUGGAGGAAUGGAAUAUGUCAAAACACCCAACAGGAAAAGAUAACUAAUGAAAUUAGUUUGACAUUCCUCGAAAUAUGCUUUAAUGGUUUUAAUAGUCACAAUUAGAUUUACACAGAACUUUCAUGAUUGGUUAAAAUGCUUUGUAAAAAAAAACAAAAAAAGUGUAUUGUGCGAUUUUAGUCACUGCCACUUGUUGCAAAAUAUUAAUUAUUUCAAUUAUUAAUUUCAAAUGCAUAUAAACUUAUCUAUGAAAGACUUGCAUACAGUAUACCAUGCAUUUUUAUAUGGGAACAACAUACUUGAGUUUUUGUCACUGUAACAAGACUAUUUUCUUUUUUUUAUUUUUCUGUUUCAUUGUACUAUUUUUCUAUAAUUUUUUUGCAUUUUAUUUUCAUAAUUUAUCCCUACUUUUGAUAAAUCAUUCCAGUUUGUGGUUAUUUGCUCCGCUCGACACUCCAUGGCAGCUUUUUAUCCUCAUCUGAAUACAAUAGUUACUUCUAUAAAGUAAUGGUUUACUUUUAAUUUAAUAACAAUUCACCAAAAUUAUUUGAUAACUUAAGAAAACAUUUGUUAUGGAUAUAAUUUACACAUUUAUUACAAAGUUAAUUUAUAAACUUUUAUUACAAAAUUAAUUUUUAUACAUCUGAAGUUGUGUUUGAGGCAGCUAUCAUUCAGAUGGAUUGAAUAUUGCAUCCGCAAGCAGAAUCUCUGAAUGUUCUCAAACUUCACAUUCAUCUUGCGAAUUACCUAACUAUUUUCAAAUGAAUUCAAUUGCAAUUAACGUAAAUAUCUCGUAAAAAGUUUGCAUUUUAUACAAUGUCAAAUAAUUAUACUAUUUGACUUGAUUUUUCUUUUCUUUGCUAUUAAUAUUGAAAAAGCUUGAUUGAAUCUGAUCGUUCAUAUUAUGUAGAAAAUGCUGUGGCUACAGGAAUUAGAAUUUGUCAUACAGAUACACAUUUUUCUUGUUUAUGUUCAUUUAGCAUGUUUAUACAAUGGCAAUUUUUCGGUUUUUUAGAGUUUUUGCUCCAUUUCAUAACAUCAUUCGUGAAUAUAUUUGGUUCUGUUAAUUUUAUGAAUGGUCGUACAAAUUUAUGUCUGUAUUUUUUCAAUUUUAUUUUAUAUUUUUACUUACAUUCCUUACUUAGUAGAAAGAAUCUUAUUCGUUCAUAAACGAGAAAAUUAAUUGCCAACAGAAAGACAAAACAACAUAAUGUAUAUAGAAAUAAGUUCCUUAUAUAAUAUGUAACUUUAAGUGUUUUAUUAUAGGUGACAAAAUAUUUAAAUGUGUUUUAAAAUAAUUUACUUAUUCUUUUAUUAAUAUUACAAGAGUUAUUGUAUCGUAAAUUAUUAUUAUUCUAAUUUAAUUAGACAAUUUGUCACAUGUAGUUGAAUUGUUUUCUGGAAAACGACUCCUAUUCAAAUCACAAUAUACAGAAGAAAUGAGAUUUGAAUUUCAAUCUGGCAAAACAGAUUUGGCAAAUUUUGUUGCCAGAUUGGUUAAAUAUAUAUUUUUUUUAUCCAUUCUGUUUUCAUUUCUUUAGUUUGAAUUUGAAAUUUUUGAAUUGCAUAAUUAUCUUGGUAUAGAUAAGACCUGCAAUUUGAUUUAAAAAAUAAGCAAAUGUAUAACUAUGUCCACACGAAUGUCACAAUAAGGUUAUAUUUAUAUUUUAAUAAACAAGCAUAGGGACAAAAAUGGUAAAAAUUACUUUCUAGGGAUGACUUUUUGAAUGAACUAUUGCGAAUAAAAUUACCCUCACCUCGUAUCAUGUCAUCAAUAGUAAGGAAUAUUGUAAUAGAGAAGCCCAAGAAAGUAACACAAUACAAAAGUUUUAGAAUUUUGAGGCUUUAAAGCAGUUUUGGGGGACACAAAUAUAAUGAUUUGUUCUUAGUCCUUUGUCAAAGUUCAAUUAAUGUAUAAAUAGAUUGCAAAAGUUAUUUUAUUGGAUUUAUUGCGAUGGACAAUGGGAGUCAUCCACAAUGUGAUUGAAGAUAAUUACAGUAUUACUUCCCAUAUUAAUUAAUUUAGUUUUAUUAUAAUUUUUUUUAUUUGGAAUUAAUUAUCAUCGGUUAAACCCGAUGUAAAUACAUUAGAAAAUUUUAAUUCAAAAGAAAUAAUUUAAAGACUUUCAAGUUUCUGGUGUCAAAUUCACACAAAAGUAUUUGAUGAUUUUAAGAAAAUGCAUUUAAUGGAUCAAUUUUUGGGUUUUUAUCAAUUAAUUUCUUAUUUUAAAUUUUCUUUCUUCAUCAAUUUGAAGAUUUGUAACUUUAUAAUUUGAUUCUUUGCACAUAUUGAGUCAUAUUUACUUCUUAUUGAUUGCAUGAUGCCGUUUCUAUAUAUUUCUAGCAAUACUGUCAUUAUGAAAGAUCCUCAAAUAUAAAUCUAAGUCAAGUUACUUUUCUCGGAGCAAAAACUUUAAUUCUGUGGACCAAAUGCCCAUCGUUAAGAGAUGAUUCAGUAUCUUCUCUCAAUCUUUAUUUUGCUCCUUGACUUUUGAAAAGUGCUUGAUUGUUCUGCAGUGUGUGUUUUGCUCUGACAAAAAUAGUCCAAUUUAGAUUUAAAUUUACAGUUUUUACGCGUUUCCUCUUUUCAUAAACCAAUUUUUAUGGCUAACUAAACAUAAAUAAAGGAAAUUUUAUGGGGUAGAUAACAAAUUUAGAUUCAAACAAAUAUUUUUUUAUGGAUUAUUUUUAAUAUCAAAUCAAAAUUUUGUAUUGAUUAGUAGUGUCAAAUUAAUCAGUCUUCCGGUAUCUGUGAUUGUAAAUAAGUGGAAAGACUUUUGUUCCUACAAGUGAUUUUUUUUUUCAUAAAAUAAUUUCAUGGGAAUUGCAAUUUUAGCUUUUCACUAUUAAAAGAAACAAAUUAAAAUGCCGUCAAUCAUAAAAGCUAAUUACUUUAUUAUUAAGUAGUCACUCAACAUAUACAUUUUGGUGAAUGUUCCUAUGGAUAAUUAGAAUUUAACUGUAAAAAAAAAACUUUGUUUAAAAUUUAAUAAUGGAUCAAAAACAAGAAUUGUUGUUUAGUGACGUGUCAAAAUCUUCCAUUAUUGGUUUCGGAUAGGUAAACUUUUGAUUUUUCUGUCUUUAAUUUUAGAAGCGCUGCAACUUAUCUCAUAUUUGGACAUUUAACUUACUGCAAUUUACACAAGUUUAAUUACCAUAACUUGUACUUUUCUAUGGUGACAUUUUACUCUGUCAUGUACCCAUCGUUUCAUUCGAUUCUACACUAAAAAUUAUUGCGUUUUAUAGUUUAUAUUAAUAAGACUUGGUUAAAAUAAUAGACCCAAAGAUAGAUAAUCAAACAUAAUUGAAUCGAUGAGCUUCCAUUCGGGUUAAAAGAUAGAAAUUACAGUUUAAUGUGGGACCAACUUAAAAAUUCGUAUCUACAAGACGUUUUGUCUUCCAUUUUGUUAAUUAGCUCUCUAUACUUUAUUUUUCUACCAUUUUCCUUUGUUCCUAAACACUUUUGAUUAUAAAAUGCAAUUUUGUAUUUGUUUGCAUAAACAGUUAACAAAUAAUGGCAAAACAGUUACUGAAAUAGUAACGUAAAUCAUGAAUUGCUACACAUUUUUCUGCAUAACGACGAGACAAAAGUCAUUUAACAUAUGAUAAAUGUAUUAUUUAGCAUUCUACUUUAUGCAUUUGUUUGUUUAUAGCAUAAAAAAUGUGCAUUUUUAUAGAAUUAUUAGAUUUAUUUUGUGUGUAUGCACGGCAAUAUUUGUAUCCAUUUUUUUUUUUCUGUGUUUUUAUGAAUAUUUUGUUAAGUCAAAUGACAAGCGGCAAUUCGAAUUGUUUUGAUGUAUGCAUCGUUCCUGAAAUUUACUAGCUUAGAUGAUAAUAUAUUAAUUUGUGUAAGGAAUCUUCUCUUCUAAUUAUGUUCCUGUGACAUACAGAUUAGCCAAUGUCAUUUCUUUUCCGGAGCUGUGGCCUAUUCCGGUCGCGGCAUCUUUCUGUACUUCCGUCGCAAAUGCUCCUUCUUUUGCUUUUGUUGGAACUAAUUUCGUCAAAAGAAUUCGUUGAUUUAUUUGGACAAGAAGUCCAAACUCGUCUAAUUUGUGUGCUUAGUUUUAAGGACCGGUGGCAGUACUAUCAAAAAACCUACACCGGUCUGUUUAGUUUGCAAGCAAGCGAAUCGA